AUGAACGAUAUGGCAAAGCCUUUACCUACUCCACCGGCUGCUGAGGUCAGCAAAAGUCGAUCAAAUUCACCAAGAAAAACUCAGAAAACAAGCCCCAGUCCAAAAAAGAACCUCCAUAGUGAAGAAAAUGUACCUGAGUCAAAAAGAAGAAACAGAAAUCAACAUGAUAAUACAGAUGAUGAAGAAUUUGAAUUUUUCCAUCAGUUCAGUCGGGAGAAAGUGAAGGGCGUCAUACAUGCUAUCACCGCUGAACUUAAGGAAAAAGGUCCAGAUGUUGAAUUUUUGAUGAUACCAUUCAGGCCAGAACAAACGAACGACAAGCUAUUGACGUUGUUAAAUCAACUAUUCCCACUAGGUAAUGGACAACCAGUUAACGAAAAAAAACAACUAAGAAUCAUCUCAAGGACCGAUGUCUGGACUUUAUUUCAAUGCUUGAAAUAUAUUUGGUGCAGACUACCAAAUUCAGAAAUCAUAGGUUGGAAAUCAUAUAUGGAGUUUAAGCUCAGAGAAAAAGAUAAAGAAUUCCCGCGAAAAUCGUUUUUGGAAAUUAUGCCUCAAUGUCUAGCUUCUCCAAACCAUGCAUCGAUCGUAUACGAUUUUUUCGAUUUGAUCAUUUCAAUUUCAUCAAAUUCAAGAAUCAACAAAAUGAGCGCCAGAAAAAUAUCGAAAAUGUGUGCAAUUUGGGCAUUCAGUGAGCAAAGACCAAAUUCAGGUGUUCAAGAUUAUGAUUUUGAAUCAGGCGCCAUAAAAUCAUCUGCUCCCAACAAUUCCAUACAAGAUGGGCUGGAUCAAUGGAUUCCUGGAUCGGAUGCCAUGUUUCAUCUACUCUUAGCAUUUUUAAGGAGUUUUGUCCCUCAAGAUCUUGAGUCGGCCAAACUGCCGCGCACACUUAAGAGUUUAUUGUUUAAUAAUCAAUAUCCUCCAGAGAAAUCAACAGCGUACGCAUCAGAGACAAUCUUAACCAUCCCCCUGGUAACUUUGAAAACAGAUACGUUUUCAAGAAAACCUUGGCAAUUACUGGAACGCUGCAGUGACCUUCUAGACUUCACCGAUCAUGAUGCCUUUGAAGCGAGAGAAGAUUACGCUUUGUUAAAGUCUUUAUUUAGGAAGAAAAACACAGUAGAAGGAAUCAGCAGGAAAAUGUCCCAAGAGUCAAGAAGAUUGAUGAAGGAGAUGUCUACUAAACAUUCAACUUUUCAAGCAGGUUGGGCACCCAGAAAGUGCAUUGAAAAUAUAUUUCAUUUGAAAGAGUUUAUUGAGGUUAAGAGACUAGAUAUUGAUGAUUAUUUUAUUUGGACUUGGUUGUCGUCCCUUUCUUUCGAACAAACAUCUGAAAAAAGAAAAAUUUUUGGAAGAUCUAUUAUAUUAGAAUUCGAAUUUGAUGGAUUCAAAAAGUGGGUGGUUUUCCAAGAAUGUGAUAUAACAUUGGAAUACAAUAAGAAGGGUCAAUUCAAAAAACGGGCUUCUGUGCAAUCACCAUCUGUAGAAAACAAGCAAACUCCAGAAGAUUCUGAAAUAGAGAACCCACCUGUCUCCAAAUCACCUAUCGUAUCUCAAACUUAUAAGAAAUUUCAAGCCGAGGUACCUCAACAAAGUGUUUCCCAAAAGGACACUACCCUUAGUAAUCAGGGUGUUUAUCAUACAGUCAUUAGUAAGGACGCAUUGGCUAAAAACAAGCAUAAUGUGAAUUUGCAUUCAAUUGAACAUAAAAUCUCGAAGUGGAACCCUUUAAACAACUUGAGAAAAAAAGGGGGUAGUAAUUGUAGUAGUUCAUCUUCAUUUGAAAGUAAGAGCAAGGAAAUCUCUGUAAAUGAAGAACUUUAUGCAGGAAAAAGUAAUAAAUCAAAGAAAGGAGAGCGAGUUUUAUCAGAUUUCAGCACUUUAAAUCCAGCCGAAUACCAAUUACCAGUCAUUGAAACCGAUGCAUCAGAUUUUAAGAUUGACAUACCAGAAUUAAUGAACGAACGCGACAAUAAUGAAGAGGAAAAGGCACCUGCUGUUCUAACGAGAAACAAACUUUCAAAUUCACGUAAUAACAUCACUGACUCAACUAUGGAAGAAUUGAAUGGCCUGGUAGAAAAAAUGAUGACUAAUGAACCAGAAGGUAUCAAGGCCUCCAUAACCGAGGCAGAAACCUUCGAAUCGUUGACAAAAUUUGAUCAAUACAAACCAACCAAUAUAACUGACGAUGACUUACAAAGUAGCCACUCAAGUGCCGUUCAUUCUUUGAAACUAAGUACGAAUACAAACGAUUCUUGUGCUGAUAGUUCCAAAUUCAUCACUGAUAGGAAAUUAGCAGAACCUUCAAAGAUUUCCCAGGAAUCUAAUAUUAAUGACGAUUCAUCUUCAUACUAUUCUCCGAAUAUCAACAAUGUGCCAGCAUCAAGAAUGCCGAGUAAACCCGGUUAUUCCAACUUUGAUUCAAAAAAAGCAUUGGCGAAUGAGCCUCGCCUGGAUGAGAUACAAGGUGCGGUUCGUCCGUCCAAACAGCCAAGUUCAAAUCCAUCAGGAAGGGAAACUAGAAACAUAGUAUCACCUGUUCAACAAAACUACUAUAAAAAUGGCCGUACAGAUGAAAUGUCUCCUGUAAGCGCACCUUCUUCCUAUUUUCCUGCGAAGUCUCCACAGUAUUCCACAAAUUCGGCAGGCUUUAAGCAGAAUACGUUGAAUGUACCAGUCGGGUAUAAAGAUCCUACUCAUCUUCCAAUAAAUCAAACACCAAUGGAAUACCAGGACCAGCAUAACUAUCCUUCUCGCCUCCAAAAACAACGCCCUUUUCAAAACAACGCUCUGCCACAGCAAAUAAAAUCUAGAAGUCCACAAACAGGACCUUUACCUCUUGCACAAAAUAUGCUGCCAGUGAAACAAGGAAUAAGGAAUGCUCCAUCUAGCAGCCCAUCAUAUCAACAAAUGGAACGGAUGAACUUAAACUACCAGCAUCCUGCAACUAAUCAUAAGGUAAAACAGCCACCACAUCAUAUGAAUGUGGCUAAUGCUUAUGGAGGUCGUGCAGGGAAUGCCGUGGUAUUAGAUGACAAGUGGGGCAAUCAUCCACCGCAGAUGCUAUCCAACGGUGGUAAGCCCAAUCAGUAUCAACACCAGCACGUUGAUAAGUAUAUACCACAAGCUCAACCUGCUAUACCUGCAGAAUACUACAAUGGACCCCCGCCUAUGCGAGUAUCCCCAAUGGUGACGCAUAUAAUGCCAUCUCAAGAGCCAGUAUACUACACAGCUGGAGCUAACAGACGUAGCUUCCCGCAUGGCAUGCAACAGAAUUCUUAUGCUGUACCUGUCCAGCCUAUGAGAGCUCCAAAUAGUGAAUUUUACGUUCCGCAAGCUCCCCAGGGAAAUAAACUACAUGGAAAUGUCAAUAAGAGACAGGAGAGAAAGAAACUGUAUGACAACAUUAGGAGCGGAAAUUUCGGUAUAUAG